CCCCGCCCCCUCACGUGCCCGCGGCGUCACGUAACACCCGGAAGCAGCGGCCGGAGCGGAGCCGACAGCAAUGAGCGGGGACGCGGGGCCGGCGUUUGCAGCGCCCCAUCCCGGGGAGCUCGAACCGGGCAGUGGGGUCCGCAUCGUGGUGGAGUACUGUGAACCCUGCGGCUUUGAGGCGACCUACCUGGAGCUGGCGAGCGCCGUGAAGGAGCAGUACCCUGGCAUCGAGAUCGAGUCGCGCCUGGGGGGCACAGGGGCCUUUGAGAUCGAGAUCAAUGGACAGCUGGUGUUCUCCAAGCUGGAGAACGGGGGCUUCCCGUAUGAGAAAGAUCUCAUUGAGGCCAUCCGGAGAGCCAGUAACGGAGAACCCCUAGAGAAGAUCACCAACAGCCGCCCCCCCUGCGUCAUCCUGUGACGGCAUGGGAUUCCAGGUUCCUGUGGUGUUCUGGGGUACAAGCCUUGGUCUCCCCUUUGGUCCUGCUGAGGGUUCCCCACUACCCCUUUCCCCUCACUUAGCUCCAGGUAGCUGAGACCCUGGCCUCCACUUUGCCCCUUUGGGUACCAGGAGGGAAUAGAAACUUCUGUUGGUCUGGAGCAUGGGAGAGCCUCUCCACUGAUAUUAUCACAGCCACCUUGUACCCCUUCCGGGGAUCAGUGUCCACAAAAGCUUGCUCCCCGCUCCAGCCUUGCUGCACCUGUAAGAGGCCACUCGUUCUAAUUUAUUUUCUACUAGCCCCGGGCAUUGUCAGCUAUUGGCAAUAAACUGGCACUACAAACA